GGCUGGUCUCAAACUCCUGACUUCAAAUGAUCCUCCUGCCUUGGCCUCCCUAAACGCUGGAAUUACAGGCAUGAGCCACCAUGCCGGGCCAAGUCUGCGCUGAUUUUAGUAUCUGUGUCAUAAAGCCUCAUAUUCUGUCAGCUACAUAGCUAGCUAAAGCCAUCUCUGGCGUCUCCUGAGCAUAUGCACAAUUAUGCAUAGGCAGGCAGUCUUCCAGACCCCCAGGGAUGUGUGAGAGCUUAUCAGUGCCUACUGUGGCUGUCUCAGUCUCCAGAUCACACUGGUAAACUUCUGGUUGGUCUGCUGGUAUGUUGUUUAUCCCAAACAGUGUUGCAACCUCAGGCUAGCUGCAUUACUGGACUUCCCUGAUUGUUUACCACUGAGAUCCAUAUUGUUUUUGACAAUGCUCCUGGGCAUAGGUUUAUUUCAAGCUCUGGUCCAAAGGAGUUCAGCCCCUUCUGUCAGCUACGUCUCAGGGUCUGCUCUGCCUUGGUAGAACUACCACACUAUGGAGCUAUGGGAAAAGGGUGGAUAGGAACAGCCCCAGGGUAAAACACCACAGACCUCCACUGAGCUCACUAAAGUUUGGUAAUUUUUUUUUAAAUAAUUUCCUUUCAAGUUGUUGUAUGACUUUGGUCAAUUUACAGUGUACUGAAAUGGUUGUUUUUGAUAAUUUUGUCGAAUUUUAUCAUUGCUUUUUGGGGAAAGGAUUUGCCGUGCUUCUUCCUCGGUCAUUCUGGCAAUCUUUCCCCUGUAUUUUUUUUUUGUAAGUGGUUUCUACAGGGAUGCAAUAGACAUUCUUAACUUUUCACAGCAACUUUAGUUAAUGUUGUUUCCACUUUAUGCAAAAUGUAGAAACCUUGUAAUAUAAUAUAUAGAUUCAUUUACCACAACUCAUGGUAAACACUUUCCCUGUCUCCUGUUCUUUUCUUUUUUUGUUUUCAACUCCCAAUCAGUGAAUAGAUUUGCUAUUCUUUAUGCCUUAGUUAUUGUAUAUCUACCUGCAGGUUUCAGGAUUUGGAUUACGUAAUGAUUGGGCCCUCUUUCAUUCAAAAAAUACAAAUGCUUUGAAGAGAGAAAAAAUUAUAACAAAACUCUACAUGUGUUCUGCAUCUUCACAUGUGUUCUCAUCUCUUUAUAUGUGUUCAAUAUGUAUAGUAUAGUACAUAUCUCAUGGUUUAGAAUUCUUGAAAGAGGAAGGAAAGCCUUUAUGUUUUAGGGACUAGUUACUAAAAUAAAGGCUGUAAUUCUUUUACUGUAUAAAUGGUGCAGAGGCUCUCUUCCUGCACUCCAUCAUGGCACAGGAUCAAGGUGAAAAGGAGAACCCCAUGCAGGAACUUCGCAUCCGCAAGCUCUGUCUCAACAUCUGUGUUGGGAAGAGUGGAGACAGACUGACCCGAGCAGCCAAGGUUUUGGAGCAGCUCACAGGGCAGACCCCUGUGUUUUCCAAAGCUAGAUACACUGUCAGAUCCUUUGGCAUCCGGAGAAAUGAAAAGAUUGCUGUCCACUGCACAGUUCGAGGGGCCAAGGCAGAAGAAAUCUUGGAGAAGGGUCUAAAGGUGCGGGAGUAUGAGUUAAGAAAAAACAACUUUUCAGAUACUGGAAACUUUGGUUUUGGGAUCCAAGAACACAUCGAUCUGGGCAUCAAGUAUGACCCAAGCAUUGGUAUCUACGGCCUGGACUUCUAUGUGGUGCUGGGUAGGCCAGGUUUUAGCAUUGCAGACAAGAAGUGCAGGACAGGCUGCACUGGAGCCAAACACAGAAUCAGCAAAGAGGAGGCGAUGCGCUGGUUCCAGCAGAAGUAUGAUGGGAUCAUCCUUCCUGGCAAAUAAAUUCCCGUUUCUAUCCAAAAAGACCAAUAAAAAGUUUUCAGUGGAAAAAAAAA